GACGGAGAACGUUUAUAGGGAGCCUUUUAAACCAGUGAACCAGAUCUAAAUCAUUUGGAUUUGUCAUCCCGAAAGCAAUUCUAAACACUCUAAAACACGAGUUUGUUCAGCUCUCUGUGAGACUGGUCUCUGCUUUGCUGGAUUAUCUCUGGUCUUAUGUUUUGCGUGUGUUACCAUAGGAACCGCUUUGCUGCGUUUGCGUUUGCUGCUUAUUUCAAACAAAAUCUUGUUUAUGUGAGGAAUGAUGGCCAGCGGAUCAAAAUAUAACGAGUCCAGAGUCACUAACUACAGAACAGAGACACGACAAUUAAUACAAUUAAUGAUGCAAGAGUCUCGUCUAACGGACUUUCAACAGAGACAAAUCAAUAAUCAGCUGAAAAAUGGGGGCGCUCUUCCACUAACCUUUACCCCACUUGAGCAGAAAAAAGUGCAGCCAGAGCCCAGAGUCUCAAGAUUGACCUUAUUGAUUGGUCAUCAACAGAGGCGCAGUGCAGAAAGAUGUAGUGCUGGAGAUAAUUACAAAAGAGAACAGUUUCAGCCUAGUGCAACACGGGAUCUAGAGAAAGAGAAGAGAAGGCUACAAAAUGUUCUUUCUACUGGUCAAAAGGAUGCUGGGACAACUCACUCCCAAAGAGACUUCACAGAAAGAAGAGAGCAAGAGAUAGACAGAUUCCAAGAGGUUCUGGAUGAGAUUGAAGACAGGAGGCAGUUUUUAGAGGAGAUGAUGGCAUUGGGAAAAGGUCACCAAUAUCAACACCUCAUCAACACAGAGAUUUCCCAGAAAAUCUGUGAACUUGAAGAGAUUGACAGGAAACGCAGUGAAGAACUAAGGACCCUCAAUCUAAACGAAAAAGAGGAACUACAAAGCAAAUAGAGGGAUGGAGAAAGAGAAGGUGAUAACAUAGGGUAGUGUUAGACAAAUAUGAGCAUUAAAACUUUGGAAGGUUUUGGUUUCAUGAAGUAAUUUUAUUUUUGAUGUCCACCAUCCUAAAAGCACUGACUGUUUUAGAGACAACAAAAAGCCCUUGGAGUUGAUCAGGUACACUCUAAACAAACAAACAAUACUGAAAUCUGAUAAAUACACAAACACUCAAAUACUUGCAGAUGAGACACAAACUAAAAUGUCAACAAAAUAUUUAAAGACACUCAACAACCAAUGAGAGGACAUAUACAUAACUUAAACAGAUUAAAGGCACUCCUUCAGAAAUACACUCCUACUUGGGUUUACAGAGAUUAAGGCCCAACACACAGCAUGCGACAUUCUACAGUAAAAAAAAUUAAAAUGAACUAAAACUUAAUAUUGCAUAAUCUCUUCAUGUCAGAGUCUUUAAAGAGUAAGGAACAUCUAUUAUUGUAUAACAUCAAAAACGUGCCUACAGUUACCGUUUAUGUGAGUUACAGUCUUUUUUUGUUCUUUUAUUAAAAGGGUUUAGACUCAUUUUAAUGUUCUCUCUCAUUUGAACAUUUUUCUGUCAUCGAUACUUCUUGGUGCACAGCUGUCUGGUCACUAUGUAACAAACUUAAUGACAUUUCAGAGGGUCAUUAGGUACAAGUUUGAUGAUUUCUUACACUUUAGGUAGGUAUAGUACGUUGACCUAAAAUUUGCACUGAAAUCCAAAACAUGUUUCUGAAUUUCUGCUAAGAACUAGUAUUCUGUCAGUAAUUACCAUUAAAAUUUAGUGUUAUAACAAUAUCUUUUAACAAUCAUUGCAAUGUUAAUUAUUUCAAUAUUAAUCUGUUAAAUAUUAAUCAUACUAAAUACAGUGCCUGACCAAAAACAUCUAGGAUUAGAUCAUUAUUGCAGUGAUCGAUAUAUUUCAAUAUGUAUAUUUCAAUAUGUAUAUUUCAAUAUAUAACUCGUAACUGAUGCGGUGUAGCUUUUCAUUUCUUAAACAACCAUGUCGGAAGAUGUAUCUAUAUUCCAGGAUGACAAUGGCAAUAAUUAUUGGGCUCAAACUGUGAAAGAGUGGUUCAGGGAGCAUGAGGAAUCAUUUUCACAAAUGAAGUGGCCAGCACAGAGUCCUGACCUUAACCUCAUUGAAAGCCUUUGGGAUGUGCUGGAGUAGAGGGUGUACAGUGUUUUGACUGUCAAUACACAACCUCAGCCAAAAAUUAAUGCAUUUCUUAAUGGAAAUAAAUGUUGUGAUGUUGUAUAAUGUUGUCGAAACAAUGCCAUGACGAAUGUAGG